AUGGCGGUGCCCCAGGUACUAUUUAACCGCGGGAGCCAGGAGGGUGACACCAGUGCGAUCUACUUCGGCAAGCCACCGACGUCCUCCGGAGUUCCAUCGGCGGCAACAAGCACUUCGUUGUUACACUUCAGGCUCGACACCAUUAGGAAGCCACAGAUCAGCAUGCGGGCUGGUGCGGGUCUCCUCCUGCUGCUCACCGUGUUUGCGGACGCCAAGAAGAGGUUCUCGCUGCCGCUGGCCGAGGGGGCGGUGUCCCAGGACCAGCUCAACGACGCCAGCAUGCCCAAUCUGCCGCUUGGCAAUCCCGACACGAUGGCCAACGACAUCCCCGGAGAGCCGCUGAGUCCUGAUGACUUCAGGGAAGGACUCACCAUGGUACAUGAGGACGUGGACACGAUGGCCACCGCUGACCCGAUCGAGCUGGCGGGUCUCUUCCAGGGAGACAUAAAUCUCAACAGCCCCGAGGAGUUCUUCGAUCUGGCUGUGCCGUCCGACGCGUUCCCCGCGCAAGGCAGGAACGCCAUCAUCUCAAUGCACAAGCGCUGGCCCAACGGCGUCAUCCCCUACGUCAUCUCUUCGUCUUACAACAAGCGCGAGCGGGGCACCAUCGCCACGGCCAUGAGCAAGUACCACGAGAACACGUGCAUCCGCUUCGUGCCCCGGACGUUCGAGAAGGACUACAUCCACAUCAUCAAGGGCGACGGGUGCUCGAGCUCUGUCGGGCGAGUAGGCGGCGCCCAGGCGCUCUCCCUCGGGCCAGGCUGCAUUUACGUGGGAAUUGUCAUGCACGAGAUGAUGCACGCUGCCGGCUUCUGGCAUGAGCAAUCACGCCAAGACAGAGACAACUUCAUCACCAUCAACACGCUCAACAUCCAGAACGGAAUGGAUUACAACUUCCAGAAGUACGGCUGGGACAGCAUCCAAAGCCUCGGCGUGGAUUACGACCUGGGCUCCAUCAUGCACUACGGCCCUUACGCCUUCGCCAAGGACCGGACCAAACCCACCAUCAUCCCCAGGGUCACGGGCGCCGAGAUCGGCCAGCGCCGCGGGUUCUCGCAGUCUGACGUUGACAAGCUGAUGAAGCUGUACAACUGCGCCAACACCGGAGAGAUCACGACGGAGGCGCCCAUCACGCACAUCACCACAGACACUUGCGCGGACAACAACCAGUUCUGUGACACUUGGGCAGCGAUGGGCGAAUGCAACAAGAACCCGACCUGGAUGAACGUCAACUGCAAAAAGGCGUGCAAACAGUGUGGCAAAGAGUGUCCCGACCAUAACGAGCACUGCUCCUACUGGGCGAGCAAGGGCGAGUGCGUGAAGAACGCCGCUUACAUGGGUCGCUUCUGCAAGAAGUCCUGCGGUUCCUGCCAUUCCGCCGACGAGUUCAAGAAAGACACGUGCGAAAACAGCCACAAGCACUGCGAGGCCUGGGCCACGGACGGGCAGUGCCGCUCCAACCCGAACUACAUGCUAGUCUGGUGCCGCAAGUCUUGCAAGCAGUGCUGAUCUUACCAGUGCGAGACACCGGGAGUGCCGCGGCGUCACCUAAUCCCUUCCAUUGCCUUUUUGAUAUUCCCAGUUUACCAUCCUCCCUCCCCCUCUCCAACCGACAGUGGCAUACCAGGGGGCCCGUUCUCCGUCUUGGACCCGUCACUGACUACAUGGACUGUGUGUGGCCUUUGAACUGCGCUUAGAGAUAAUUGUCUUCAUACCAGAUAUUGUUGCUAUAUAAUAAACAGUUAUCCUGCA